AUCAAUAUUAAUUUAAUGCUUGACAAGUUAAUACAUCCUGAUAAAAUAUCUAAAUACUCUAUAUAAAAGGUUUAAAUAGGUAUUGUUUUUCAGUUAGUUUUUUUUCCCGUUAUACAAAAUAUAGCAAAAUGUUUGGAUUUAACCCAAUACCAAUAAGUACGGUUGACAUUAAUGGAAUAUACAUCAAAGAGUCGUCUGAGAAUUUUUUCGAAUAUUUAAAAUCAUUUGGUGUUGAAGAUGAUAUUGCGUUAAGAGUUCUCAAUAGCAAACAUCCAUUGGUUGUCAGUAAUGCUGAUGAUAUAAAAGUGACAAUUCUUGUCAAGGAUAACCCUCGUACAUUUAUAUUUGGAGAAGAACUUCCUUACACACUCUCUACAGGCCAGGAUGUUGUGACAGUGGCAUCUCGUGAUGGUGGUACGUUGACUUUUAAUACCUAUCUCGCAGAAAAUCCUGAAACGACAGAAGUAAGAGUUUUAGAGUUGAUCGAUGACGAGCUUGUGUCAACAUCAACUAACCACUUAGGAGUUAAAGCGGUCAAUAGAUACAAGAAAGUUUCCUAAAUUUGAUUGUAUUUCCGUCUGUGUAAUUUAAAAAAAUGCAAUUUUUUAACUGGAAUUGGUAUUCAAUUUAUAUAAAGUAGCGUCACUAACGAUAAGACUUAAUAUUAAAUAAGGUUUAUUUAGAUUAAAAUUUAUAAUGGACUCUACCUCAUGUGUAUAUUAACAAUGCAAUAAAUGUUUAUCAAAUUAUUUUUAUUUUAUACGCGUGUCUCUCUUAUGUUGUAAAUUAUUUUCAUUUUUACUCAAUAAAGAUAAAUGGUAGCUUAAAAAUUAA